AUGCCUCCCUCCUCCGACCUGCCCAGGGGCCACAAGCCGAACUCCAGCUUCUUCUCCGUGGACUGGCUUGCCCAGAGCAGCCACCUGGGGCCGACGCACACCUCCAGGCCCAGCGAGGUCUUCUGGAGGGGUCUGAGUGCCCCCGCCUGGGCGCCCAGCAGAGGGGAGCCCUCUCAGAACGUGGCCAUCGAUGGGGCUAAGACCCCAAAUCUACACGUGCAAGGGGCGCUUGUGGCUGCCACAGCGUCUUCCCAGUUCCCAGCUGUGUCCAGCGCAGGCCUGCUGCCCACGGGCACUCCAGUGACUUGUCACCGUCACAGUACCCCACCCUGCACCCAGAGGGCAGCCCGUCUCUGCGUUCUCCUUGUCACUCGCCGUGGCUCCGGUGUCUUUGUGGGGCUGAGCAAGGAGCCAGACCCCUCGCGGGCUCCCCGGGUGCGCACUGCCUUCACGACAGCUCAGAUCAGCACCCUGGAGAGCGCCUUCAAGCUUCGCCAGUACCUGGGCCCCCAGGAGCGGAAGAAGCUGGCCAAAGAGAUGCAGCUGACGGAAGUGCAGAUAAAAACCUGGUUUCAGAAUCGCCGAAUGAAACACAAACGCCAAAUGCAGGACUCACAACUCAGUGUCCCCUUCUCCAGACCCCUCUACACGCCCCUGGCCAUCUAUCCGCCAUCUCCAGUCCUGGGUAGCAGCCUGCAGCUCCUCUGCCCCGGGGCACACUUGCCUUCGCCCCCGGCUCUGGUGCUACCUCCGGGCUCCUUCUGGGAUCCCUGCCCAGUGGAGCAGGUUGCACUGGCCUCUGCGUGGGAUCCCUGCCAUGGACAGCCUCUGAUACGCUACCUUCCAGAGCCUGGGGGCCCUGGGGCCUGUGUGCUCUGCCCGAAACCAGGGAUGCCUUUUGAGGGGGUGGGGCCCAAAGGCCCUCCUGAGAGGCCUCCACUCUACCGAGAUGGGCAGACAGGAGUGGGAGCCUUCCUGCAGAAAAUCCAGACGUGCUGA